GCCUCGGGCCUUAGAGAAGGCUCGGCUUCUUACCUUACCUUCAGAAUGACUUCGGUGUGGAUGGUCUCACUCGUAGCAGGAAUAUAGAAAACCUAACCAGCAACCAUGAAGCUAAAGGAGACAAACUCAAGGCCAAACCCACCAAACUUUGGCAAAUUUAAGACAAAGGGAAUCAAAGUUGUGGGAAAAUGGAAGCAGGUGAAGAUUGACCCAAAUAUGUUUGCAAACGGACAGAUGGAUGACCUGGUGUGUUUUGAGGAACUGACAGAUUACCAGUUGGUCUCCUCUGCCAAGACUUCCUCCAGUCUCUUCUCUAAGGAGAAACCCAAGAAGAGAAAGGCACAGGCUGUUUCAGAAGGAGAGGAGGAAGGAGAGUCUGGCUCCUCAAAGAAAAAGAUGAAGUUAAAGAAGAGUAAAGAUGAGGAAACUGAAGGAAGCAGAGCCCCAAAGGAGGUUAAGACCAAAGAUGCUGAGCCAGAGCCCCAGGGAGAUGGCGCCGCUUGUCCUGGUCCCAUGGUUGGGGAGAUGGUGUCAGGGGCCGCUGUCCAGUCUCUUCCAAAAAAGAAGAAAAAGAAAGGGAAAAAAAAAAUGGAACCUUCCCAGGGCACUCCUACAAAGGUGCCUAAAAAAGCAAAGACAUGGAUGCCUGAAAUGUGUGACCAGAAGGCAGACGUAUCAGCGUGGAAGGACCUGUUUGUCCCCAAGCCGGUUCUCCGAGCGCUCAGCUUUCUGGGCUUCUCUGCACCCACACCAGUCCAAGCUCUCACGUUGGCACCUGCCAUCCGUGAUAAAUUGGACAUCCUUGGGGCUGCCGAGACAGGAAGCGGGAAAACGCUGGCUUUUGCCAUUCCAAUGAUUCAUGCAGUGCUGCAGUGGCAGGUGAAGAAGAAACCUACCCUACCUCCAAGUAACACUGAAGAAUCACCUGAAGAAACCAAAAUGGAGACAGGAACCAAGUCUGGACCGCCAGACAAAAUUGAAACUGAUUCUGGAGCUUUGCCUGAUGCCCCUGGGAUGGCAAACGAAGCACUGCCUAGGGAGGCUGGAACGAAGGCAAUCAAGACCAGAGCUCCGGUCUCUGACCAGAUGCUGCCCUUCUGUGAUGACGACGCUGGUGAAGGACCUUCUUCCCUAAUCCAGGAGAGGCCGGCGCCCUGUCAGGAUGAAGGCGGCGAGGAAGAGCUUGAAGAAGAGAGUAAUGGAGAGUUAAGACAAGGGUUGAGUGGCAAAAUUGCCUCCUGUAAAGCACAUUCACAACAUCCUCUGCUUGGCCUGGUUCUGACUCCCACUCGAGAGCUGGCUGUUCAGGUCAAACAACACAUUGAUGCUGUGGCAAAGUUUACAGGAAUUAAAACUGCUAUUUUGGUUGGUGGAAUGUCCGCACAGAAACAGCAAAGGAUGCUGAACCGCCAGCCUGAGAUUGUAGUUGCCACACCAGGCCGACUAUGGGAACUAGUUAAAGAAAAGCACCCUCAUUUGAGCAACCUUCGGCAGCUCAGGUGCCUGGUCAUUGAUGAGGCUGAUCGGAUGGUUGAGAAAGGUCACUUUGCUGAGCUCUCACAGCUGCUAGAGAUGCUCAGUGACUCCCAGUACAACCCAAAGAGACAGACUCUUGUUUUUUCUGCCACACUGACCCUGAUACAUCAAGCUCCUGCUCGAAUCCUUCACAAGAAGCAUACUAAGAAAAUCGACAAAACUGCCAAACUUGACCUUCUCAUGCAAAAGAUUGGCAUGAGAGGCAAGCCUAAGAUCAUUGACCUCACAAGGAAUGAGGCCACUGUGGAGACACUGACAGAGACCAAAAUCCAUUGCGAGACUGAUGAGAAAGACUUAUACCUGUACUACUUCUUAAUGCAGCACCCAGGCCGCACCUUAGUGUUUGCCAAUAGUAUCUCCUGCAUCAAACGCCUCUCUGGGCUGCUCAAAGUUCUGGAUAUCAUGCCACUGACCCUGCAUGCCUGCAUGCACCAGAAGCAAAGACUCAGAAACUUGGAGCAGUUUGCCCGUCUGGAAGACUGUGUUCUCCUGGCAACAGAUGUGGCAGCUCGGGGCCUGGAUAUUCCUAAGGUCCAGCAUGUCAUCCAUUACCAGGUCCCUCGAACCUCAGAGAUUUAUGUCCACCGAAGUGGUAGAACUGCUCGUGCCACCAAUGAAGGCCUCAGCCUGAUGUUGAUUGGGCCUGAGGACAUGAUCAACUUUAAGAAGAUUUAUAAAACCCUCAAGAAAGAUGAGGAUAUCCCAUUGUUCCCCGUGCAGACAAAGUACAUGGAUGCAGUCAAGGAGCGAAUCCGUUUAGCGAGACAGAUUGAGAAAGCCGAGUAUCGGAACUUCCAGGCUUGUCUUCACAACUCUUGGAUUGAGCAGGCAGCAGCCGCCCUGGAGAUUGAGCUGGAGGAAGACAUGUACAAGGGAGGAAAAGCUGAGCAGCACGAAGAGCGACGGAGACAAAAGCAAAUGAAGCUCCUUAAGAAGGAGCUGCGCCAUUUACUCUCCCAACCACUCUUUAAAGAUGACCUAAAAACCAAGUAUCCAACUCAGUCUGGCAAACUGCCUGUGCUCAUGUCUGCCCCAAGAAGUGAGUCUGCUUUGAGCUGCCUUUCCAAACAGAAGAAGAAGAAGAAGAAGAAGCCGAAACAGCAGCAGUCACAGUCAAGUACAAGUGCAGAUUAACUGCCCCCAGGUCAGAGUCUGUUGGUGACCACACAGUGUCUGUUUCCUGGUUACGUGGAAAGCCUCCUUCCCUCCCUCCCCUCUUGUUCUCACUCCACUGUCAGCCCCAAUCUCCUCUUCCACUACCCAUAGGGGGAGAUCUUGUGCAGUUCUGUGUUGUUUUGGAGUAAGAAUUCUUUGAGGAGCGUAAGUAUUUCUGUAUUCCAGUGUUUAUAGGCUUCCUGUACCUUCAACUUGGUUUCCUAAAUUAAAACUAGUUGUCAGAACCAGCUGUCAUCCUGCGUUUUUAGCCAGAAUAUGAGGGUGGUGGUAUAAUUUAUUUCAACAUUAACUCACUGAGUGGUUUCCCUGGGCCAGCAGUGGGCCCUCUAGAUAAGGCAGGACAGUAUCAUAGUCCCCUGGCUGCAGGAUGCAUGUGGGGACAUCUCCCCCUGCUGGACAGCACGGGUGGAGCAAAAAGCUGGGGAGGUUCACCAGUCAUCAUGUAACAUUUUGGGUCCUCAGCAUGAGUUCCUGCUUAUUCCUACUGCAGAACCUGUUCAUUUUCUAGUGCUCACAGCUGUUAGCUUGUCUGAGUCUCUUGGGAAUUGGGCAGGGAAGCGAUUGCUAUCCUCAGGUUCUACGAGAAUAGGCUUCCCUAACAUGGUGGAGUUAGUUGGGGGAAGUCAGUAACACUAUGCUGGCCUAGCACCGCGUGGGAUCUGGCCUUAGCCGUCUGCCCUUGUUCUCUGACAGCAAAUCUUUUGAUAACUGGGGAUAGGCUUUAAAAGAUGAGGCCAGUCACACAGGCAGUUCUGCUCUGACUUGAUGGGGCAAAGCCUUGGUGAAACUGGUGGUGCCUCUGGUGCCUCCAGCCCAAGGACAGACUAUCCUGUGUCUGGGUCUUCCACUAAUCGGGGGACCAUGCCUUAUAAGAAGGCUCCUUCCCCACAACCCGGGGCGCUCAUUCACACACAAGCCUCAGGGGAGGGUGGUGGUAGCCUCACCGCCAGGUGCCAAAGCAGCAAGACAGAAGUUGUCAUGGAAACCAAUUUAAUGCUUAGGAAGCUUUUCCAGCAGCCCAGGGAAGCUGAAGGACCUGGCCCGUUUGCCACAGGGUCUCAGAUCCCAAGGCAGCCGCUUACUGGGUCACAGCCCCCGCCCCCAUUUCUGCUCUCUGUGGGAACGUGUGUGGUUCCUAGAUCUGUCUGACGGUGCCCAGAUUUCCUGAUUGGGACACCACAGCACCGCCAAGAUGGCGUGUUCCCCGCUUGCAGUGUCGUGCCCAUUGGGAACAUCCCACCUGUGGCACUCUUAGUUGUGUGUCGGGUCUUACGUUUCUUUUCACACAGUCUCAUUCUGCUUUAGCCAGUAAUACUGUCGUGUGUGGGUUCCGCUUUUAUUUUACAAACACGGGACUUGGGUCCAGGUGAAAUCACUUGCCCGAGGUGACGUGGCCAGUAAGUGACGAGGUUGAGGUUUCAACCUGGACAGUCUGGCUCGAGAGUCCUUUUCUGCUUAGAGUGGGAACCUGGUCAGAAGCAAGGACAGUUCGCGCUUUUUGUUGUUAAAUAUUCCCGUUGAUUAUAAAGUUUCCUUUAGAAAGAAAGGAAUAAAUACGUGGCAGUAAAAACCAAGAACCACUUUCCUUCUCACUGCUGGUCUGGAAAACAUCAGAUGGCUUCUUGGGGUGGGGGGCAGAAUUAUGCAGCAGGUGUGAUCCCCAGCAAGGUUGGCUGCUGUGAGCUCGCGGGGUAACUUCAUGGAUGAUGUAAAGCUUCACUAACUUCUGCCCUCCUUUCCCCCAUGGUGCUUUCCCUCACAGGCAAGAUCUGAGGGCAGAGGUGAAGGGAAGAGGGCAGUAAUUUUGUGAAAAGAGGAAAGCAAAGGGUAAGACCAUGAAAAUUACUUGGCUUACUUCUCUUGGGCCUGCUGAUAACAAAAGGGUAGGGAAGGACCCUGCGAGCACUGGCAUAGUAUAGGCAAGUCUCCAGGGAGGGAUUUCCCUCCAGCAGACCUGCCAGAAAGAAAACUCGUUUAUGAGUGCCACACAAGCCACACUUGCAGAGAAGUGGCAGCAGUGCUGUGCUUGAGGCCUUCAGCUCUCAAGGGCCCAGGACCCAUGUAACCCCUCAGAGUGCCAGGGGCUUUCAGCCUGGCGUAGUGCUCAGGCCCUAGAGUUGGGAGAAUGGUACUGAUACUCUCAGGUCACAUGUUCCUCCCGCUCUUCUGGUGUGCUUUUCACAGACCCCAGCACUCCUACCCAGAGCUGGGUGGGACAAUGAUCAGACACUGAUUCAGAGAUCAGCGUCAAGUUUACCUUCCUGUGCAAAAAAUACCUAAUUACUUGGCUUGACCCCUUGGGUCCAAAUUCCAGCCAAGGGCAGAAUGAGAAAGGGCCCCUGGCUGGAGUGCAAGCACGCUGACAUCCGCCUUCGUGAGAGCGGACAGCGAUGCAGAGUCAGCCACCCAGUCUUCAUGCGCGGUCUGGCUGUCGGCUCAUAGCGCCUGCAGAAUGAAGCCUGCAGAAGUACCUCAACGGACGAGUCCACUCUUGCUUUCUUCAUUGCUUCCUGAAGAGGAAGAGAGCUUGCUCCAGCCGAGGCUCCGGGAGGGCCCGGGCAGCACGGAGGUUAAUUCGUGAAGAGGUCAUUAUCAAGAAGCACAUCCAGGAGGAUGAAUGAGGAGGCUGCUGGCUAGGACUUCUGGCUAGCGGGCAGUUUUCUACAACAGAACUCUCCCCAACUGCCAGUUUCCUUAGCUUGUCCCCGUCUUUCCCCACCUGACCUCUCAUCAGCCCAUCAGCUAGUUAGAAGGGGGAAGGAGCCAAAGACAGCCUUGCAGAGCCGCCACUCUGCUCACGUGGUCUCCAGCUGUCUAUGUUGGUUUCCUCCCCAGCCGAGGAUCUCGACUCUCCUGCCAGGAUUUGGUGGGGAUGGUGGCACAGCUGCGGCUUCCUGGUCCCGGACACACACACACAGAUUCGGGCCCAGAACCUAGUCUUUUUCAAGCCCUCUGUCCAGAUGUGGCUGACAGCAGCACCUCAAAGGCAGGUAGGCCUGGCCCUGAGAGAGGUAGAGGGGACCCCACAGCUUAAGCUUCAUGCUGAAGACUGAAGGCCUUUUUGAGACUUUGUCAUAAAGAUGUUUUUCCUCCUGAGUUAGGGGUAAGAAAUCACUGCCGUUGUGAGUGUUUGGAACCACACUGAACCCUCAUUUUCAAGUCUGCCUCAACUUACCAGCCAUCCACCGAAGCCUGUCCAAUAGCUCGUUGGACUUGCUUUUUAUACAGCUGGUAAGUCACUCAAGACAGUGACGUCCAUCCUUUCCUCCCCUGCAGAGAGGCAGUGCCUCUGGUGAAAGGAACCCAGAAAACCCAUUUUUACAUAGAAUGUUAACACCGACAGGAACCUCCUCCAGACGAACAGGUCAGAGAGCGGAGGUGGCCUGCCCAAGGCCUCGGAGAACUGGGAGCAGAGCCAGAGGUCCUGGCGGCCUAGCCCAGAGCUAGAAAUUACGAUCCUCCAUGAAAAUAAAUACUACACGUAUCACCCAAGUUACCACAGUCCAUAGUGGGCUGACCUCAUUCCCAGUGACUUUGUCCAAAAAGCUGUACGUUUUCUAACUACAGUCUUAAUCGCUUAAAAAAUUGAAAAGUCAAAAUGUUCCAUUCAGAAUGCAGUCCCAUUAGGUGACAGGCUCCACUGCAUGGCCUAAAAUUAAUCAACGUUUAUCGGCUGCAUAGAGGAUGUUGUAGUGGGAUGUUUUAUAGAGCAGGUAAACGGAAGGGAUGGCCGCCUCAGGGAACACGUGGUGGUUCAGGGCCGUGUCCAUCUCGUCCACAUACUCCACCUGCAGGGCGAUGUUCAGCGCCUGAGACAGGGCCGUGAUCUGGAUGUGGUCACACUCCAUGGCCAUGGGCUCCACUUCCUGCAAAGACCAAAAUGGGAAAACCCAGUUCAGGAGGGAGGCCUGGCUUUCAUGGUCGUGGGCCAAAGCCUCUGUGCUGGGAAAUAAUCUUCACACAACCUGUCAGUGAGGACAACAACUAGAAAUCACUAAAAUUGCAAGGUCUGUUUUGACUGACCAGAGGAAGGUACCGUGAGGCGUCUGGACAGAGAGACAGGAAGUUUUCAGGUGGGGCACAGAAUCACAAUCUCAGCUGGUGAAGGGAUUUCCAGUUAACAGGCCAGGCAGGGGAGUGAGUCAGGGUGCUGAAGAGGGCAGAGGCAGAGGUGGUGAAGCUGGCGGUGUGGCCCUCAUUACUAGGGCAGCUGCCCCUUAGCUCCUGCUGAUUGUGGCCAUGCAAAAAUAAGGCCUGGGGAGCUGGAUCUUCUGAUUCUUUCGAAAAAUCAAGAUACUCAGGAAAAUUGCCCAGUGCUUACAUGUUGGCAGCUCUCAGAUAAAAGCCAUACAUCAUAAAUGAAACAUGUCUUAGGGCAAAUGUGGCUCCAGGACUGCGCCUCAGCAAUUGUGUAAACAGUCCGGUCAAAUAAGACAAACCUUAUUUCUCAGGUUGGAAAUCUGAGGCCCAGAGAGGGAAGGUGACUUGCCCAAGCCACAGUUUAGGCAGCUCAAGUAGAAGCUGUUUCUAGCACCCUGAGUUACAAACGCAGAGGUGACACCCAUGACCCUUUGCUAGAGAUGCUGGUGCUGAAGUCCACAGGAGAGGGGCAGGAGGAGAGCCCAGGGCUGGUGCUGAGCCCCCGAGCUUGAGACACUGAAGACCUACGUGAGUGCAGAAGUCUUUGAUGUCCAUCUCUUCGUCGAUGAAGUGUCGGAAGAAAUCUGCGCGGUUCCUGAUGAAGGCCGAGGUGAGCAGGCGCAAGAACUGCACGAUCCGGUCCGAGCAGCUCUGGUCGUUGAACACCUUCAGCAGGCUGGACACCGAGCCGUCCUUCUCCACCAGCUCCACCACGCUGUAGAACUGCACCCCGUGGGCGUCACCAGGAGCCUCCCAGGCUAGGUCCGCCUUCCCUUCACGGACUCCCUCAAGCGUUUCAGUCUUAGAUAACUGAAGUCACUCAGAUCCCACCAAAGCUAAGCAAGAGGCUACUUGGUAGCAGGUAUCUUCACCUGAGUCAUGUCUGGGGAACUCACUUGGGGCCUCCCGUGGUUGGGACUCAUUCAGACCCAAAAGGGUCCAGCCCCACCUCCUCAGGAGCAAUCCAGGAAGCGGGGAUCGAGGGGUCUGGGGUAAAAGAGGCUUGGGGGAGUUUCUAGCCUGAGAACUGCGCUCAAGGAGGUGCCUCCUCCCAGAGGAGGCAGGGCCCUGGGCUCCUGGUGUCCCUGCAUCCUCACAAGCAGGAGCGCAGGAACAAGCCUCGUCCUUCCCCAACUGGAGGAGCAAGGGGCACAACCACAGGGCUGUGGACAGGGACUCUGGCAGCGCCCAGGUUAACUCACAGCAUUAAAGAAGUUUCGGAACUUGUGCUCCUCAAAGCCAGCAGCCAGAAGGUCGUUUGGGGUCUGCAGUACACGCUCUUUGAACCUAAAGGGAGUAGACUGGUGCUUGACUGUCAGCUCUGGACCCCACCCUCGCCUGCAGGCCCCCCCCCCCACGCACACCUGAAAGAGGAGGGUAUGACUGGCAGGUGGAGGGCUUGUCUGCCUCGCAAAAGCACUUCCACGCGGACCACACGCAGACUUCUGCUGCCCUCCCUGUCGUGUGUAGCCCUGGCAAGUGGUACGGCCAGUGCCAGAUGCGGAAACAGGUCAUCACACCCCCUCCCAGGCCUGCUGAUGCUCCUCUUCACGGAUCUCAGCUCUCCCUCUUUCCUGCUCCUUGGUUCCAGGCCAUGGCCCCUGCCUCCCUCUACAGGGACCUCCAGAGCCACCUGUGAGGCGACCUGCCCAGCCCUCUCCCUCAGGACACAUGCAGCUCAGCAGGGAGCGCCCCGCCUACCUCACCAACCUCAUCUCCAGCACAGCCCCACCGCCUCCAGCCCACCCAGGCCAUUCCCGUGGGCCAGCUCCUGCUCCCUCAGCCAAGUGCUGCUCAAGAACUCAUUGUUAAAUGCCCAAGAAUUCUGCCAGCCAGGUGUUAAGCAGACAUUAAAAAUCAAGUUAUGUAAAUUUACAUUUAAAUUAACUAAAAAUGAUAACAUUCAUCACUUCCUAAUACCUAUGCUCUUGGGGUUCUCACUGUCCGCUGCGGAUGGUGGAAAU